AUGGCAUAAGAAUCUAUUAGAUUAGUAGCAAAAUAACUGAAUAAAAACAAAUUUCUUGUAAAAUGUUUCUAAUUGAAACUAGAUUGCAAAACCUGCAACUGAUGUGUUUUAAUGCGUCUAAGCAUUUAUUUUAUUGGUCAAGGGAGUUAAAACUAAAGAUUGGCUAUUGGCUUAAUUAUUGAUGAGUUGCAGUCUAAAUCAAAUGGUGGAAGCUAUUCUCGAAAGAAAGAUUGAAUAUACUAAUAUUAUACAAUGCAAGAAGCUAUUUCUAUUAAUACCCCAAUAGCAGAAUUCUUUAGGAAAAUUAGUAUACUAAUUAAUAAGUUAAAGUAUUAAUUUUUUGGAAGAAGAUAAAAGCAAGUUUCAGAGAAGCAAGAGCACUUAAUUGAGACAUGAGUAAAGUUAGUAUAGUCAAUGUUUUAAUAAAGUUGUUAAUUAUAGCAAAAAAGGUUCACUUAUUAAAUGUAAAGAAGAUUUAAAUAAAAUUAUUCAAAAUAGAAAAAUACUGCGUGAUUAAAAGAUCAAGGAGGAUGAUCAAAAGAAAUUUGAGUUAUUAAAAGAAUAAAUGAAAAAAUUAAAUAAAAAUAGUUAUUUUAUGUCUCCUCGAAAAAUCUUAUAAGAUUAAUAAGAAUAGCAUGUUCUAAGCAACAACAACUCAGAGAGGAGACUGACGAAUAAUAAAUAAAUGAGAUCACUGAGAUCGUUUAGACAAUCAUUUUAUGAUUGA